AUGGCGUCAUCCGACUCCUCGGUCGAUCUAGCGACCAUUGACGCCCUCGAGCUGCUCGGCGACAACUCGGCCGCCAACUGGCACUCCUAUGCUCACUCCGUCGAGGUGUUGCUCUCCUCGGUCAUCGUCAGUGGUUAUACACUCCGCUCCGUCGUGUUCCAGGAGGAAGGCGGACUCCAGCCCAUCGCCCCUUCUGCCCCCACCGGACCUCCUCCUGAUGAGCCCGGACCUGAGCCCGAGUCCCCUGGUGAUCCUCCCUCCUUCGCACCGGAUGUCAACAAUCCUCAAAGCGUGGAAACUGCCAUCCGUGCCUACCGCAACACACUCAACGACCACCUUCGCCGUCAACUGCGCUAUGAGGACGACAAGCGCGCCUACGACGAGGCUGCUGCCCGUCACCGCGACUACCACGCCCAACUCACCACGUACACUACACGCCUCGCUAGCUACACCUCCGACAUCGCUGCGUGGCGCAUUGCUGACCGUCGAGCUCUCGCCAUCCUCCUCGCCACUAUCCCCUCCUCCCACCUGUGGCAACUGCUUGUCGACCUCUUUGACCGGCAGGACAUCGCCACCCUCUAUGCCCUCAUCAAGGACUUUGGAUCCAUCACCAUGGAUUCCACUGCCGGCGCAGCCGCCUUUACUCGCCGCGUCCUUGACCUUGCUCGCCGCCUUGCAGCACUUGGUGUUACCUACCCUGACACCGUCAUCUGCUGCCACCUCCUCGAAGGCCUCACUCCUGCCUUCGAUGCCCACAAGCUGGCCUAUAUGCAACUCCUCUCCAAACAUGACACUCCCGCUCAAGUUGCCCAGUGGAUUAUCACCACCGAGGCAGAAAUCCUUCGCCACUCCUCCUCCACUGCCGCGGUAGCACAGCAGCGCAGCAGCAAAGGCGGACGUGGAGGGGGGCGUGGAGGUGGGCAUGGAGGUGGUCGAGGCGGCUCUGGCGGUCGUGGUGGUGCGGGUCGUGGUGCAGCAGCGGCCUUCCCACCCUGUCAGUGGUAG